AUGUACUUCGACGGCGCUGGUGCAAACAUCCUCUUCAUCUCCCCGAGAGGUGAGCAGGUAAAGUAUGUCCAGCAGCUACUCUUCAAGGCCACCAACAAUGCGGCCGUGUACGAGGCCCUCAUCCACGGUCUCAGGAUUGCAGCCUCCCUUGGUAUCAAGAGGCUCCUCGCCUACGGCGACUCCAAAGUUGUCAUCCAGCAAAUUAUCACAGACUUGGGCUCCUUCUUCACUAGAUUAGAAUUCUGGGACUUCAGCCAGGAGAGCUGCAUUGAUGUACACUACGCCUCUGUGGCUCACCCCUGGUGCAACGGCCAGGUCGAGCGCGCCAACGGCUUGUUCCUUCAGGUGCUCAAAGUCAGGAUUUUCGACCCGAUCGAAAAAUACAGCUCCAAAUGGAUCCAAGAACUACCUAGAGUAGUAUGGGGGCUGCGCACGCAGAGAAGUCGGGCCACCGGCUACUCCCCCUUCUUCAUGGUCUACGGUUCUGAGGCUACCCUCCCGACGGAUAUCACCAUUGGUGCUCCACACACCCAUAACUACGAUGAAGGCAAGGCCGAAACAACUCGGCGAACAGAUCUCGACUCGGCCGAGGAGCACCGUCUAACGACAGCCCUCCAGCACACCCGGUAUGAGCAACAACUAUGUCGUUAUCAUGACAAAAACGUCGAGCAGCGCAACUUCAACGUCGGCGACCUGAUACUCCGAUGGGUCCAGUCCCCCGGAGGCAAGCUAACUUCUCCAUGGGAAGGCCCCUUCAUCGUGAGUGGUGUAGUCGUCCCAGGAACCUACAGGCUGCAGCGUGAAGAUGGAACGGAUGUGGGCAACCCAUGGAACAUCGAGCACCUUCAUCGCUUCUAUCCGUAG